AUGGGAGAAGCGGAGAAGUUUCACUAUGUCUACAGCUGUGACCUGGACAUCAACGUGCAGCUUAAAAUAGGAAGUUUGGAAGGGAAGAGAGAACAAAAGAGUUACAAAGCCGUUCUAGAAGACCCAAUGUUGAAGUUUUCAGGACUGUACCAAGAAACAUGUUCAGACCUCUAUGUUACUUGCCAAGUUUUUGCAGAAGGGAAGCCUUUGGCCUUGCCAGUAAGAACCUCCUACAAGGCGUUUAGUACAAGAUGGAACUGGAAUGAGUGGCUAAAACUGCCUGUGAAAUACCCUGACCUGCCCAGGAAUGCCCAAGUGGCCCUGACAAUAUGGGAUGUGUAUGGACCAGGAAAAGCAGUGCCUGUGGGAGGGACAACAGUUUCACUGUUUGGAAAAUAUGGCAUGUUUCGCCAAGGGAUGCAUGACUUGAAAGUUUGGCCUAAUGUGGAAGCAGACGGAUCAGAACCCACAAAAACUCCUGGCAGAACAAGCAGUACUCUCUCAGAGGAUCAGAUGAGUCGCCUUGCCAAGCUCACCAAAGCUCAUCGUCAAGGUCACAUGGUGAAAGUAGAUUGGCUGGACAGAUUGACAUUUAGAGAAAUAGAAAUGAUAAAUGAGAGUGAAAAACGAAGUUCUAAUUUCAUGUACUUGAUGGUUGAGUUUCGAUGUGUCAAGUGUGAUGAUAAGGAAUAUGGUAUUGUUUAUUAUGAAAAGGAUGGUGAUGAGUCAUCUCCAAUUUUAACAAGCUUUGAGAUAGUGAAAGUUCCUGACCCUCAAAUGUCUAUGGAGAAUUUAGUUGAGAGCAAACAUCACAAACUUGCCCGGAGUUUAAGAAGUGGACCUUCUGACCACGAUCUCAAACCUAAUGCUGCCACAAGAGAUCAGCUAAAUAUUAUUGUGAGUUAUCCACCAACCAAGCAACUUACAUAUGAAGAACAAGAUCUUGUAUGGAAGUUUAGGUAUUAUCUUACUAAUCAAGAAAAAGCUUUGACAAAGUUCUUGAAAUGUGUUAAUUGGGAUCUACCUCAGGAGGCCAAACAGGCACUGGAACUUCUAGGCAAGUGGAAGCCUAUGGAUGUAGAGGAUUCCUUGGAGCUGUUGUCCUCUCAUUACACGAAUCCAACAGUGAGGCGCUACGCUGUGGCCCGAUUACGGCAGGCGGAUGAUGAGGAUUUGUUGAUGUACCUAUUACAGCUGGUCCAAGCUCUCAAAUAUGAAAAUUUUGAUGACAUAAAGAAUGGAUUAGAACCUACCAAGAAGGAUAGUCAAGGUUCAGUGUCAGAGAGCGUGUCAAAUUCUGGGAUAAAUUCUGCAGACAUAGAUAGCUCCCAAAUUAUAACCAGUCCUCUUCCUCCAGUGUCUUCCCCUCCUUCUGCAUCUAAAACAAAAGAAAGUUCAGAUGGUGAAAAUCUGGAGCAAGAUCUGUGUACCUUCUUGAUAUCAAGAGCCUGCAAAAACUCAACACUGGCUAAUUAUUUAUACUGGUAUGUGAUAGUGGAAUGUGAAGAUCAAGAUACUCAGCAGAGAGAUCCAAAGACCCAUGAAAUGUACUUGAAUGUCAUGAGACGGUUCAGCCAAGCAUUGUUGAAGGGUGAUAAGUCUGUCCGAGUUAUGCGUUCUCUGCUGGCUGCACAACAGACUUUUGUAGAUCGGCUGGUGCACCUAAUGAAGGCAGUGCAGCGUGAAAGUGGAAAUCGUAAGAAAAAGAAUGAGAGACUACAGGCAUUGCUUGGAGACAAUGAAAAGAUGAACUUGUCCGAUGUGGAACUUAUCCCACUACCUUUAGAACCUCAAGUGAAAAUUAGAGGAAUAAUUCCAGAAACAGCUACAUUGUUUAAGAGUGCUCUUAUGCCUGCACAGUUAUUCUUUAAGACUGAAGACGGAGGCAAAUAUCCAGUUAUAUUUAAGCAUGGGGAUGAUUUACGCCAAGAUCAACUUAUUCUCCAAAUCAUUUCACUCAUGGACAAGCUGCUACGAAAAGAAAACCUGGAUUUGAAGUUGACGCCCUACAAAGUAUUAGCAACUAGUACAAAGCAUGGCUUCAUGCAGUUUAUCCAGUCAGUUCCUGUUGCUGAAGUUCUUGAUACAGAAGGAAGCAUUCAGAACUUUUUUAGAAAAUAUGCACCAAGUGAGAAUGGGCCAAAUGGAAUCAGUGCUGAAGUUAUGGACACUUACGUUAAAAGCUGUGCUGGAUAUUGCGUGAUUACAUAUAUUCUUGGAGUAGGAGACAGGCACCUGGAUAACCUUUUGCUGACAAAAACAGGCAAACUCUUCCACAUAGACUUUGGAUAUAUUUUGGGUCGGGACCCAAAGCCUCUUCCUCCUCCAAUGAAGCUGAAUAAAGAAAUGGUAGAAGGAAUGGGAGGCACACAGAGUGAGCAGUACCAAGAGUUCCGGAAACAGUGUUACACAGCUUUUCUCCACCUUCGAAGGUAUUCUAAUCUUAUUUUGAAUUUGUUUUCCUUGAUGGUGGAUGCAAACAUUCCAGAUAUUGCUCUUGAACCUGAUAAAACUGUGAAAAAGGUUCAGGACAAGUUUCGUUUAGACCUGUCUGACGAAGAGGCAGUGCAUUACAUGCAGAGUCUGAUUGAUGAGAGUGUCCAUGCUCUGUUUGCUGCAGUGGUGGAACAGAUUCACAAGUUUGCCCAGUACUGGAGAAAAUGA